AUGGCCUUCGCCCUCCUUCCAUUGCAGGAAAGCGACAUCCCUCGGUGUGUCACAAUAUACUUUGCAGCAUUUCAAAACCCGCAUUCCCUUGGUUGCUGGCCUCGCACUCCCAGUGUACGAGCCUGGUGGGAGAAAAUGAUCAACGACGAGCUCCACGCGCCGGGCGCGAGAUGGCUCAAAGCAGUUUCAGUCGAGAGCGGAUCAAUCGCAGGUUUUAUCAAAUGGCAGGAAUCCAAGCCUGGUGUUGUGCCGGACGCCGAUCUUCCGGAAUGGCCCCAAGGAGCAGAUUCGAGUUUGUGUAAUGAGACGUUUGGAGCGUGGGCGAGAGCACAUCGAGACUUGAUGGGAAGUAGAGGCCACUGGUAUCUUGAAAUCGUCGCUACAGAUCCGGAUUUCCAAGGAAAAGGUGCUGGAUCGUUGAUGAUGCAGUGGGGCUUGGACCAGGCGGAUGCACAGUGUCAAGAGGCUUUUCUUGAAGCGUCUCCCGAUGCCGUAUCACUGUACGAGAGAGCAGGUUUUCGGGAAGCAGGUCGUGUCGACACUUUCAUCGAUAAUGAGCGAGUGAAGGGAGUGUGGUAUCGUAACAUGUUCAUGAUCAGAUCUGCGAACAGAGAGAAGGUAUGA